UCCGCGGCACCGGCCGCCUCCGUCGCCUGGCCGGUGGUGCGGGACAGGUGGGCGCUCGCUGUGGCUGCGGGGUUUGUCUGCUGGUGGGGUUGGCCGGUCCUCACGCCCCGGCCCCGCUGCUGAGGCGGCUGUAAAGCCUUCGGCAGGGCAUUCCGUGCUGCGCAGGCCUCUCGGGUCUCCCUCCGCGGGUCUCUCCGGGCUCCUCCCGCCGCCGAGGCCCGAGCGUCCCGGAGCUGUUGCUGUGGUGCUAAGAAAGUCAUUUCAAAGUCAGACGAUGGCCUUUGAAAGGAUAACACAAAAGGACUGGUACAAAAUCCUGGGUGCAAAGCCAUCAGACAGUCCGGCAGAACUCAAACGGAAGUACCAAAAACUUGCUUUAUUAUAUCAUCCAGACAAACAGAAGGCAGAUGUGCCAGCAGGAGAAGUGGAGGAGCGUGUGCAGAGGUUCAUCGAAAUCGAUCAAGCGUGGAAAAUUCUAGGGAACGAAGAGACAAAAAAAGAGUAUGACCUGCAGCAGCGUGAAGAAAAUCUGGCAAACAAAUGGCCAUUACAUGCACAAAUUUAUCUGGAGGAAAUGUCCUGGAAUGAAGAUGAACAAUGUUACACUCUCUCAUGCCGGUGUGGUGGGAAUUACACUGUCUUCAAGAGUGAAACCAAAGAGGUAUCUUUGGUUUGUUGUGACACAUGUUCCCUUGUUAUCGAGAUCCUUCAAUGACUGUUUCAAUCAAGCCCAUUAAGAGUUACAAACUUUUUAAAAGACUGGACAAUCAGGGGACAGCAUCUGCUAAAGAAAUGUAUGCUAAAGAAAAGGGGGCACUACAAGAACAAGUUCAGUCAAGCUUAAGAAAGGAAACGUGCCCCUUUGCCACCGUAGCUCUCCAGACAUGGGGAUUUUUCAUCCGUCUGCAGCUGAAGGGGGAGUUAUUAAAAACCUCCAGAACAGAACACUGAGUUUGGUACAGCUGGAAUAUACCUCAUGAUCUAAAUGACAUUUCUUUCCCAGCAAACCACAGAGAAGCUUCUUUCAAUCCCAGUCCAUAUCAACUACACCUUGGGCCCUGCCUCUUAGGUUAAAUUCUUUUAACAGCUCAGAUGACAAAAUUUAAUCAGGAGGCACACAUGUGAGAAUGCUUUGAAGAUAAUGAAGAAUAAAGAGAAACAAGAACAUUUUCUAUGCUAAAUAUUUAACUUCAUUCCAUCCUCACAAGGAUUUGAGCCUGGGGAAGGGACGGCAGAAACUGGCAGAUCUAACAGGCCGCUUGUCUCGGUGCCGAGGAGCAGGUCCAGCGCCUCUGCAGCACGAGCACAUUUAGAAUUGACUCUCAGUCAGUGCUGACCUUGGCUUGUCAUAAAAACCAAAACUUUCUAAUAAAUCCAAGCACUUACUGUGAAAAGCCAGAGGAAACAGUGUUAAGAGGUGUAUCAUUUUAGCUGAUGACCGCAGUGUAUCAUUCCCGCUUUCCAGUUAGAUGUAAUCUCAGAAAGAGACAUCUUUGGCAAGUAAUACUUGUGUUUAUUCUAAACAAAAAUAGUUCCAUUGAUUUUAGUAGAAAAUAUUAUGAAAGCUGGCAGUAGUCACUUAAAUCUUUUAAUCAUCAAGAAAUCUAUGGCCGUUGGGGCUUGCACGUAGAAAUCCAAAGUCAUUCAGAGGCCAUAUCUGUAAAAGAAAAUACAUGAGAUUUUUAUCACAACUCAAAAGUUCAGUAUUUUCAUUUGUUGUUGUAAUUGUUUCAUAAACUGCGUAAGUUUUUCUCUCUUUGGUUGACAAGAUGUAUGAACUUUUCUCACUUGUGUGUUUCUUUUACUAGGAGUAAUAAAUAACAUGUAUUAGGAGGAAUCAUCCUUCCACAGUGGCUGGAAACAACACUAAUUUAUACACAACAGUUUUUGCAUUAUUUUUUUCAGCCUUGGAAAUAAAUAUCUAUCUAGAAAAUAUCUUUUAAAUUCAAAGGUUUCUAGCUUGUAAACCACCUAAAAGACAAAGUGUGUUUUUUGAGUCACCUCUGAGGUCUACAUUUGUGUUUUCAAGAAGGGCAUUUGAACUGCAAACACCAAACCUUGGAAGAAAAUUCCAUAGGCUUCUAAGUAAACAUAUACCAUGCAAACAGGUAUAAAGGGGUGGAGCGACUUCCACCAUCAGGGGCUUUCAACCAAGGGGCUUCUCGAGAAGGGGAAUAUACGUGGAAAAGGAAGGAGCACAAAUCAUGACCAGGUCCAAGCACAAGUGUCAGAGGAUGAUGCUCAUCAGUAAUAAAAAGCUUUAUCUCCUGAAAUUAACUAUAUAGCUGUUCAUAACAGAACACUCCCAGGAGUACUUUCAUCUGAACAUUCACUAAUUACAUGUAGGCCAGUCUUGGAUGCAAAAAAAAAAGUAACAGGGAAUCAAGGACAUUCUUUUACACUUUGUCCUUUGUCUCCUUUGCCUGUGUCCCUUUGCUACACAUUCAUUCAAAGAUGGCACGAGGGGAUCAGCAGGAAGAAUGGCAAGAGAUGAUGCUGAAGAAUGAAUGCCCGUUGUGGCUCUGAUCCCGUAAAACCCUCACAGCCCCUGCUCAGGAUGAAGUGACCUAGAUGGAGAAAGAUGAUGCACCACCUCAUUCCCAAAGCAUCUGUUGUUAGUGAGAUGUUUAUCUUGCUCGUUUUUCCUUAGAAUUUGAUCUUAAGUAUGGUAUGCAGCCACCUUCCAGGAACAGCAGCUGACUCUAACGGAGCUCACGGAACAUUUACAGCACAGAAGGAGCCUUUGCUGCUUGCUGUGCAGUGACAAAGUAAUUUUCUCUGUUUAAAAGAGGAAGCACCGUGCCAAGGUCAGUAUUUCAGACCCCACGACUUGUCCCCAGCACUAAGGACAGAGGAGGCAGAGCCAGCUAAGGGUGGAUUGUGCCUGGGGCCUCAGGAAGAGAGAAGGAUGAGUCCAUUCUCAGGACCUCAAGUUCUGUGGAUCUGAAAAAGGUUCAAAACUAUCUUAUGCAAGUCUCUUAGAAAAUACCCUUUUUUGGGGGGGAAGAGCCUUAGGAACAUCUGCUGAUGUACAGAAAUACACCGAGGUAACAUCUGGUCUCUAUAUGCGUGUUAGCCAGUGAGCCAUUUGAAGUUCCACACAAAUAUCUAAAGAUACAAACCAGCAAGAGAAUGAUAUUUGUGAUCACAGCUAGAAGCAAAGCUACAGAAUUCAAGGCUCUGCAGCCGGGCUGUGCUGGCUGCAGGUUGGAUGUCAAGUCUGUGGCCUCAAAGGCAAACAAGAGUAAAAGGGAAUAGGAACAUCCCAGAUUACAAAUUUAAGCUGAUCUGAGUGAAGGCCCAGAGAAGGAAGUUUCUUAGGCCAUUCACUACAGCACAAAUCUCAUUUGGGGCACCUCAAAUCACACCUAUUGCAGCUUGGCUUUCUUUCACUGAAAGUAAUCAAGUAGUUUUAAAUAUUGUUUUGACAAUUUAGUUUCAAAUUCAUCACAGCAAUCUUAUUGGUAGAAUUAGAAUGAAAAUGAUGUUUUAUCUUGUCUGCGUGCCAGAGAGAAUGAGAAACAGUACUCAUGGUUGGAAGGGAGAUGGAACAAGCCUGUGUGAAAUGAAGACGUGCCACUGUGUGCAGUAGUUCCCAAGUCUUUUUAAAGUUAUGAUGACAGAAGUUGACUGUGAUUUGUUCGUUCAAACUAGCAAGUCCAAUUAGCAGUUAUUUGCCCUGUUUGGUUUGGCCUACAUAGAUGUGAUCUGAUGGAUGGGGGAUAAAUGGGGCUAACUAGCUCUUCUGAAGAGACACCACCCGUCUAUUUUUGACAUGGAGCCUAAGCCCAGGAAUGUAUAGGGUAACCUAUCUAGGGCAGGGUGAAGCACGAGUUCUGCCAGUGUGGGACUCCCCCGGCUUUCACUGAAUCUGCAGCUCUUUUGAUUUCAGUGGCCUUUUUAUAGAACAAACACAGUUGAUAUGGCAGCAGGCCAGAAAAGGGACAACGAUAAUCAAGUAUCAUUAUUUCUGUAUGGGUUAAAAACUGGUGCACCAAUAUUGAGACUGAGAAUCUUAGAUCUAAACUUCACAGAUAAGCCACAGAGAGAAUUAACAUUUAUGUUUUAUAGGUUGCUCAAAUAUUCAUGCUCACUCUCUUCUGUUGAAAUCCAUUACUUUCAAAUUUGUUUUUUUUUUUGGUAUCCGUUACUAAAAAUGUAGCUUAGCAUUCAGAGGCACUGUGAAAUCUGCUUCUCCAAAAUCCACUCUAAGAGGGAGCCACAUAAGCUUCCAUUCUCAAGGCUUUUUCAUGAAAGAGAAGCCAAACCUCCAGCAGACUACACUGAAAAUCAUAUCUAGGUUUCUUGUCCAGUGGUCUGUUAAUUAGCCAGUGCCAUGCAGAUGAGCUGUAUUCUGCCGCCGUUCACUGUAAUGUUCAGUAGCAACACACAAUAGCAAGAUCACUGUAUUCUACUGUGAAUUACCAUAAACAAUCCCAACUAUAAACAUUCAUUUGAAGAAUAAACUCAUUUUUGCUUUUGUUAGGCACCAUAUACUUAAAUCUCAUUAAAAUGUUAAUAAUCACUACCCUAUGCACCAUCAUAAAACAACCACUAUAAAAUUUGGUUAAGUAAUUAUUUUGAUUAAGUAUCAAGUGAUUGCGUACUAUUUUUUGAAACAGACAAUAUUCUGGAGUCCUGAAGUGCUUCUUCAAUAUAUAAUAUCUGUGUGUGAGUUCCAUUCAUUUUACAGAGUUUACUGCUUGCUAAAUUUCAGGUUCAGUCCUGUCAAUCACUUCACUGAAGUCUCCCAAACAUCCUCCUUGUUGGGCUACAAGCUGGACACAGAUUUAUGGAGGGAUACUGUGAAUAACUAUGGCUGUCCACAUACAUAGGUUCUUCAUACAUGCAUUAUUUCCUAGCAGUCCCGUUAAAGCAGUGAACAGUUUUCUGCACUAGUACAGCAGUUGGAGGAUUUUGUAUUUCAGUUGCAUUAUUAAUAUCACAUUCUUAUUAAGAGGGCUGUCAGCAUAUUAGCAUCAUUUUUGGUUUAGCAGUUAAUCAUCCAAGCUAAAACUUGGGUCAUAAAAAUAGCCCUAUUGAGAAUCAGCAUUUGUUCCUCUGGUGUACGUGGUAAGCACUCAAUAAACACCAGGGAAGAACUAAAGCAAAUGCUACCCAGAAAGAAGAGAGGUCAGACCAAACUUGGCAGUAGGGCUGAGGGGGACAUGGUAUUUGAGGUUUAGUAAAGCAAUUAGUGAUUAUGGUCAAUAGCUGCAAGGUUUUUUGAAAAGUCCUAAGUUGUGUUCAUAAGAAAUGUAAAUUAAGUACCUAAAACUUGGUUGAACUGGAAGGAUCUGAUCUUCCCUGCACAUGUAAUAAAGCAGUGCUAAAUUAUGUUCUUGUGGAUGUCUGGCAAUAUAUGGAGUUUUCAAAACCUUUUUGUUGUUCUGAGCAGUAUAAUUUUAAAUCUAACUGUCUAAAGGCUGGUGCAUAAGUCCCUUGUUUCUUAGAUUAAACUUUUUAUGGAGAAGAAA